GGAAAGAAUGAGAGGAAAGAAAAUUGAGAGAUACCGAAGUUUUAUCAACGGCGGAGGAAUGAACAGAGAUGAAGGCGGCUGUUCUCAGUGCCGUCGUGUAGUUGCUUAGCGUAACUCGACCGGAACAGCAGUUUGCACACAGCAGACCCUUGAUUCAAAUGUCAGAGCAGGUCUUUCCUGUGUGCAGUGAACAGUCCGAAGUACACCGAAACGACCAGUAUGGCCAGUAGUCAGCAGGAGGAACCGUCCCGCGCCGUGCACGUGCCGUCCUGUUUGCGGACGGAGUGCAAGGACCACAUGGACCACCUCAUCAGUCGCCUCACGGAGCGAGGGGUGAGCAGUGUGUACCAGGCCAGAGGAGACUACAAACCUGGCGGCAAGUACGCCGAUCGCUUCAAGCAGCACUUCACUGAGUGCAGAAUGACCAUCAUCCAUAUUUGUACCCAGCUCCUCCGAAAGCUGCACAAAAGCUGCGAUUUGGCUUCGUUCAAGCGUCACUGGUCGUGCAUCGAAUUAAAGUCAAAAUCAAAGGAGACUUCCAAAACCUCAAUGAUGAAUACAGUUAUAGCCAGUGUCAACAUCAGCGUACUGACAGCCUUCCUAGAGUUCAAAGCAGGUUUACUGACAUCCAGUUCAAACUUUCCCAAAGUUUGCAAGAAAGUUGGAGAUUUGCUCAGACAAUCUUUUAAGAUGCUUGGAGAACGAGAAAGACUUCAGCAUGCUGGUCAGCUGACGACACUUGUAUUUCACAACAAUAAGAGCAUUCGCAUCGAGUUCUUUGGCCUGUAUUAUCAUCUAAGUGCUAACCCAAACCUGUCCAUCAACUUCGAUGAAACUGUGUGGCCUCGUCUGCUGUCGGUCACUCAAGAUCUUCUUUUCCCUUUGGUGACUAAUGCAGCGAGUACAAACCAUUCAGACCAAGACAAGGAGAAGCCCCACUGUGGAUGGACAGUCGCAAAGUACUGCUCCUUCAGCGAAGACAAACAAGUUCUCAUCCAUCUGAUCCGUCCCACAUUCACGGAGUACAUCGAGAAAUGUCGCUGCAGUCUGCGGGACGAGAGGUUCAAUGAACUUCAUCUCCUCAAGAUGCUGCAGCACGCUCACGUCGUACAGCUGCAAGCCUUCAGCGAGACUUGCUGGCCGCAGUUCUACGUCACCGAGGACUACAGCACCAACUCUCUCCAGACCCUCCUUGCCAACAAAAGCCGGCACAACGAUCAUUUUACCGUGAAAGAGUUGUUGAUGUUUUUGAUCGACGCUUUGGAAGGGGUAAAGUACCUCCAUGAUAACAACAUCGUGCACAGGAACCUGACGGCCGCAAAUUUCUUCAUCAGCAUCGACAGAAAGGUCAAACUGAGUGGCCUGAUGGAUGCGCGAAAACUAUCAGAGGAGACAAUCAGAGAUUUUGACUGCUCAUUCAUACCCACGCGAUGGACUGCCCCAGAGUCCCUGCAAAACUGUCAGUUCUCUAAAAUGUCCGACAUGUGGAUGGUCGGCCAUCUGAUCUACGAGGUGCUGACACACGGCAGACUGCCCUAUGCUGACGCGUCACUUGAUGACAUAGAGCUGAUGCCAAUGGUGGUAGUUGGCAGGAGAACACUCUGUGAAGAGGCUUGCAUUCCCGCUCCUGUUCACUCGGCCAUCGUCCAGCUGACCAACAUCCAGCCAUCGACACGACCUCUAGAUGUUAGGGCCAUCAGUGAGCAGCUGCGCUUUUUUGCUGAAAGCAUAACCGAAGACCCGAUGGCUGUCACAUUUCCAGACAUACGCGAAAAAGGACAAGCGGCAGCAGAACAUAGAAAGGGCCCAGCUCAACACUUUCUUUGGAGAAGCCGCAUUCUGCAGCAUGAUUGAUGAGCCUGGCUAUGCAAAUGCUAGCCAGGGGAUUGUUCACACAGCAGCAUUCUGCAGCAUGGUUGACGACACUGGCUACGAAAAUGCGAGACAAGGGAGUUCUGACAAUAAGGAUGGU